GCAGCCGAGUGGCGACCGUCAGUGCGAAGAAAAUGAACAUGGCUUCAAGAAAUUGGGCGUUAAAAACGACACUUGCUACAAACUUGUAACGCACGAUUUUUAGAUGGAUCGAAACCCGCAGAAUGAGCGACGCAGUUUCACCGCAUCACCAGGAGGAGGCGACGAGGAUGGGACCCUUGACCGGGUCACGUCUCAAAUCGAGUAGCUAGGAUCGUAUCCCGGGGGAGAAGAUGCUGCUGUGAAACGUGGGAAAUCCUCCGUGUUGAACUGGAUGAUUGUUUUUGGUGAACGCACUAACGCAGCUGAUUAAAGGAAGUCGAUCUCGAAGGUUUUCUCUCCGUCUUCCUCCCCGUCGUCUGUCCGUCCCCCCUCCCCCACCUCACCCCCUGCUGUGCUUGACGUUUUGGUGGCUGUGUGGUUGUAUGGCAGCGGAGUAACCGUGGAGAGGCCGGGGUAUCACAAGCUUAUGGAUUUUGAUAAGAGAGGAGGAGGAGGAGGAGGGGGGAAAGGGGAAGCGGAAGAAGGGAAGAAGAUGUCGAAGACUGGAGGGAGCAGGUCCGGUCACACCGGCCGCACUUCAGCGCCCAAUUCGGGCGUGCUCAUGGUCGGGCCGAAUUUCCGCGUGGGGAAGAAGAUCGGCUGUGGGAACUUCGGUGAACUGCGACUGGGGAAGAACCUCUACACCAACGAAUACGUAGCCAUAAAGCUGGAGCCGCUCAAGUCCCGAGCGCCGCAGCUCCACCUGGAGUAUCGGUUCUACAAACAGCUCGGAAACUCAGAGGGUGUUCCUCAGGUGUACUAUUUUGGUCCAUGUGGGAAAUAUAACGCCAUGGUGCUGGAGCUGCUGGGGCCGAGUCUCGAGGAUCUGUUCGACCUGUGUGACCGAACCUUCUCCCUCAAGACUGUGCUCAUGAUCGCUAUUCAGCUGAUCACCCGGAUGGAGUACGUUCACACCCGCAGUCUGAUCUACAGGGACGUGAAGCCGGAGAACUUCCUUGUGGGCCGGCCGGGCAGCAAACGGCAGCACACCAUCCACAUCAUCGACUUCGGCCUGGCCAAAGAGUACAUCGACCCCGAGACCAAAAAACACAUCCCCUACCGGGAACACAAGAGCCUGACGGGCACAGCGCGCUACAUGAGCAUCAACACACACCUGGGCAAAGAGCAGAGCCGGAGGGACGACUUAGAGGCGCUCGGUCACAUGUUCAUGUAUUUCCUGCGAGGCAGUCUGCCCUGGCAAGGCCUCAAGGCUGACACGCUAAAAGAGCGCUAUCAGAAGAUAGGGGACACCAAAAGAGCGACCCCAAUUGAAGUGCUCUGUGAGAGCUUCCCAGAAGAGAUGGCCACGUACCUGCGCUACGUCAGGAGAUUGGACUUCUUUGAGAAACCGGAUUAUGACUACUUACGCAAACUCUUCACAGACCUCUUCGACAGGAACGGAUACGUCUUCGACUACGAGUACGACUGGGUCGGCAAAACUCUGCCAACUCCAAUCGGACCCAUUCCCACUGACACACCGCUCCAGUCCAGCAGCAGAGAGAAAGCACAGCAACCGACCAAAAACCAGGUCAUGAGUUCUACCAACGGCGAGGUGAACACAGACGACCCCACAGCAGGUCACUCGAACGCUCCCAUCACUGCUCCUGCUGAGGUCGAGGUCGCCGACGAAACAAAGUGCUGUUGCUUUUUUAAGCGGAGGAAGAGGAAAGGCCUGCAGCGGCACAAGUGAAGAGCUGAAGGGUGGACAGGGACAAACGGAACAGAGACAGAGGGACGACUGGAGCGUGGAGCGCUCCUUUAUCCUGUGUGCGCGCGCGCGCGUGUGAUACUCGUCAGAUCCGAAGAGUUUGACCUGCCACAUGCUUUAUAAGGAAACGAAGCGUAUAGAGGAGUUACGUCUAUAAACGUCUGAGACGCACAGAGAGACUGAGACUGACGGAGCGCGCGCGCGUGUGUGUGGUGAUCAUGAACGCAGAUGGACGGUUUAAUCCUGUAUUUUAGAUCACAUUAUCAGAGGACUUAAAGCAAAUGUUUAAACGAUGAGUGUUUUAAUUUUACGGGAUCAAAGUCGGAAACUGGGGGAGGAGACUACAGACUGUGAUGCUCCGAGUCAGGAAACGCAAACCAGAAUCACUCUGCUUCUGUAAAACACCUGGGGUUUGUUUUUGUUUGUUUGUUUGUUUGUUUGUUUUUUUAAUGUAAUUUAAAAUUAAGUAGUUUUGGAGUUCUCCUAUCCCUGAGUUGAACCGUUUUAUUCAUGUUGUAGUGUUUGUUCUCUCUCUCUCUCUCUCUCUCUCUCUCUCUCUCAAACGCUCUUGUAUUUGUUUGUUUGUUUAUUUGUUUUUCCUUUUCUUGUCCUCAUGGAUGAUGUAGCGCAGUGGCUGGACUCAGGUACUGUGGAAGAUGGAGAGAUAGACACACCCUGCUUCUCAAUACUGUUUUUAACUCACGCGCUUUUUUUCAUAUAUAUAUACACACACGCACACUGGGUCGACACCCCACUUCCUCUGACCAUGUUUUCUUUUUUUCUUUUUUUUUUUAAACAGGAACACAGAGUUUUCUCAACAGAAAGAACGUCAUUGCUGAAAUGAGUUCCUUAGAAAGGUGUACAGUCCGUUUCUUGUUCUCCCCCUUCCCCCCCCCCCACACACACACACAGAGACAGAGUCAUAUCUGAUUCAUAAUAUGCUCGCUCGCAAAAAUAAAUUAAAUUCAUUAAUUCAUGUGUAUCAAAGGAGCUGUUGAUGGAAGUCCAACGAGGAAGUGCGUAUCUGUCCUGGAUUUUGCGAUGCCAUCGAAAGGUGUUUUAUUUGGAUCAUAAAAGCAACUUAAGAUUCCAAAUCGAUGUAUAAAGCUAAAGGAUUUCUCCAGUAUACACCAAACCUUAUCCACUUAUCCGGUUCCAUUUAUCAGGCUUUAAGCUUCCCGUUAGUUUAUCCCACAGCUGCACCGGCUUCAACUCGCUUUAUCCAGCGCUCAGUUUCUCAGUAGGUCAGACUGUAACUCCAACUACAGACAGAUUGCGGGCACGAAGAUAUGAAGUUUAUCUUCGAGUGGUGAAUGUGUAUUUUUCAACAUGAGAAGAUAAACUUCAUAUCUUCGCACCACUGCGUAUAUUCUUUAUAUCGUAUGAACACAUCCACAAAACAAAAAAUAUGCAAGUUAAUCAAAAGAAUUCUAAUAUUUUCCCGGUGACUAGGCGUGCGUUGUCAAAACACUGGGAGUGACUUCGUCUGAGUGAAAUAUCAUGAAUUAUUAUCCAUACAGAAACCGUUUUCGAUGGAAUAAAAACGUGUUCUAUUCCCAUCUAGCAGGUUCCAUUCAUUUGGCUCGAUAGCAUGCGAUAUUGUUCGCAUAUCGCUUAUCCUACAUGUAUUACGUCACUCUACCCAAUGGAGAAUGAGCGUUGGAUAUGGUUUACGAUAUUGCACGGUUGUCAAGGCAACAUGACGUCACACAUCGGAGACGUAAAACUUGCGCGCUAGAGAAUGACUGGGACAAUUUGUAAACAAACAUGGCCGCCAGGUUCGCUUCGUUACAAAAAAUACAGAAGAUUUUGAGAGAAUUUUGAAAGAGAACGACGCAUUGAAGACUCGUCUUUGACUCGUUCACCGUCAUGCUCGCUGAAUGGAGUAUAUCUGAUAGACCACGAAAAAAACCCAGACAAUAUUCUUUAAAUAUGUCACUCAGAUCCGUGAUGUAUUUCGUCUGAAAAAUGCGAGUUUUUCAACAUGAGAAGAUAAACUUCAAGCCAGCGUGUGAUUUUUCUUAUUAUAUCGACACGUUCACAAACAAAAAGUCCCCAAAUUUAUCAAAACAACACAACUCUCUCACCGAUUUCCUCACGAGUGACAGAGAUUUAUAUCCCGGUUUUGGUUCUCAGUGUCCCGGAUGGAGCUCGGAUGAAAAACACUCGCGUCGAUAUAAUCAACAGGUUUAAAGAGCAGCUUUUUGGCUAACUUCAUCUCUACAGCUAAAUAGAUACAUCAAGCUAAAGAGUCGCUAUCUCACUAACUUUAUCUCCUUAUCCAGCUGUUUCUCACAGUUAUCCUACAACUAUAUAUCACAACAGUAAAGUGAACGAAAUGUCGAUUUUUAUCAGUCGAUAUUUUCAGAGACGCGUCUUUUAAUCUCCUCGGCUGAUUAUUUCGUUCGUUAUUUCAGUAAAACCAACUCGACUGAAGAUCGUGAGAUAACAGGACAGAAAUAAUAACACGAAUCCUGCAUUCACACCAACAAGCAACAAACAAUUCGACGAUGAUGAUUUCGCUCUUGUGGGCGUGGCCUGUCCAGCUAAUUCCAGUCCAAAAUGGUGAUCCCGAAUACUGCACAAGCGGCUGUAUCAUUACUACACAUCACUACGUUUUGUUUAAAAUCUAUCUGGAUUUCGUAAUAACACUGAGGAAAAUAUAAAGCUGCAUUUAUAACAAGUUUUCAUUUCACCAGUUUGUGAAAAUUGAGCAAAAUCUCCAGGAUAAAUAUUUCUUCCGCUGUUAAUCUACUAAUUAUCGGAUUAAUACUAGCGCACGAGCUAGCGUAGAUUCUGACUGGCUUCUUUAACCUCAUGAAGGCCAAGCGAAAUCGCAAAUGAGGACUUGUUCAUUUUACCACUUUUGCCAUGGAUUUAAACACAAUCAAAAGAAUUUGUGAUCUUGAGUUAACAGGACAGAAAUGGACUUGUUUGGACUUCCAUGCUAGUUUUCUUCUUACAACCUGAAUUUUCAAAAAUAAUAGACGUGUUUGUUCUUUCGCUCAGAGCAGUGUGGGAUCUCUACCUCUAACAGAAGUUAACAGAACUUUCUUACGGUACCUUUACCUCGUUCUGCUGGCUAAUUAGCACACCAGCUAGCACGCUAGCUAGCCAGCAGAAUGACGUAAAGUUAAGAAAGUUCUCUUAACCAGUGUUGGUUAGCUAACUACAGCGCAUCAUUCACUAGCGAGCAUAUUACUUAGGAUUUUUAAAUAUAUUCACCUCUUUUAGCUGUCGUAAAUUAAUUACAAGGAAAAUAAGUCAUGCUUUCAGAGGAGGGGAAAAAGACAAAAAUAGUAAAUAAACGAAUGCAAAAUAAAAUGCAAUUGAAAAGGCAGAUUUUUAAAUAUUGUAUCAUAAUAUAAACUUACUUUUUUUUAAAAAACUGAAGCAUUGUGCUGCUUCAUUGCUCAUGUUUACAUGUAUUUAUUUCUUAGAAGGCUGUGGUUUUGUUUCUUAUGAACUAUGUACAAUCACAUCCAGCUUCUAGCAGGCUAGCUAGCGUAAAAUGCCGACUAGCAUAAUGUUAUGUGAAAUUCUGAUCUACGUGGAGUCCAGAGGCUGUGCGUGUUCCUCUGUUCAUCUAUUUGUCCAUUUUUUGUGUCACACAAAUCAUUUCCUCAAGGAUAAAUGGGUAGGUUAUGUUAACUAGCUAGCGUAAAAUGCCGACUAGUGUAACAAUGAAGUUACGUUAAAUUCUGAUCUACGUGGAGCCCAGACGCUGUGUGCUCCUCUAUUCAUCUAUUUGUCCAUUUUGUUAUAUAACGCAAAUCAUUUCCUCAAGGAUAAAUGGAUAGCUGUUGUGUUAAUAUUAAGUACCUAGCUAGCGUAAAAUGCUGACUAGUGUAACGAUUGAAAUUGUUAAAUUCUGAUCGACAUGGAGUCCAGAGGCUGUGCGUGCUUCUCUGUUCAUCUAUUUGUCUAUUUUUGAGAACACAUCAUUUCCUCAAGGAUAAAUAGAUAGCUGUUGUGUUAAUUUUAGCUAGCUAGCAUAAAAUGCCAACUAGUGUAAUGAAGUUACGUUAAAUUCUGAUCUAUGUGGAGUCCAGAGGCCGUGCAUACUUCUGUUUGUCCAUUUUUUAUGUAACGCAAAUGAUUUCCUCAAGGAUAAAUAGGUAGCGGUUGUGUUAAUAUUAACUACCUAGCCAGCGUAAAAUGCUGACUAUUGUAAUGAUGAAAUUACGUUAAAUUCUGAUCUACGUGGAGUCUAGAGGCUGUACAUGCUCCUCUGUUCAUCUAUUUGUCCAUUUCUGAGAUAACGCAAAUCAUUUCCUCAAGGAUAAAUAGGUAGCUGUUGUGUUAAUUUUAACUAGCUAGCUAGCGUAAAUUGCUGACUAGCAGAACGAAGAAAUUACGUUAAAUUCUGAUACAUGCGGAGUCCAGAGGCUGUGUUCCUCUUUUCAUCUAUUUGUCUGGAUUUUUUUAUGUAACGCAAAUCAUUUCCUCAAGGAUAAAUAGGUAGCCAUUACGUUAAUUUUAGCUAGCUAGCUAGCAUAAGUUCUGGGUGCGGAAGUUAGCCAAAUAAGGACAGCUGUUAAUUCACUGUUCCGUAAUUUAUUGCUCGAUUUUAUUUAAGUGUCUUGUGUUUGUCCGUCCUCAUUGGACCAUGUUGCAUUACCAAAGCGAAUUGUUCACAAUGUUCGCACAAUAAAGCAACUUAUUUUUUUAUUAUUUAUUUAUAUUCCCCUCCCCCUCCCUUAGACAUGACGAAUAAUACUCGAGGAUGUCCUUCCUGGCUAAUUAACCCCUCAUUUAACUUUUUACAGUUCUGGUUUCCUGUUUAUCGCUAAUUAAGUGUCAUGAUUAAGACGCAGUGUGUUGGAGACAGUAUUGAAGUGGGGCUGUGACAUCUCUCUUCUUGUGAAUUGCACUUUUGAGGGUAAAAAGAGAAAAAAGAAAUAUUUGACAUUUAGGACAACGAUCACAACUUAAAAGAAAUAAAACCUCAAUCUGAGGUCGUCUCUACGCCAGAACGCCAGACUCGUCUCCGCUGAAAGGACGACCGUGACGCUCGGGGGGUUUCCCGGAGACGGAAGAACGCAUCUGAUGUUUGUUGGUUUUCUUUUCUUUUUAAUUCCUCCACAAUAGAUUUAACUGAUCUGGGAAAUAGUUUGUGCCUUUCGAAGUGAAGCGUUGAACACUACAGCGUUGCUCUCGGGCGUUUGUCCCCUGCGGGUUCCGUCUCUGAAUUCUCUGCAUCGGGAGUUUAUCAAGAGAACCAGAGUGAGAACCAGAGUGUGCUGAUUUACAUGCUUAUUAAAGUCAAUGUUUUUCUUUCUUCCCUGGCUCAUGCAAUGAUAUUUAUUCAGGAUCGGGUAUUUAUUUCAGCAUUGCUCAGGUUCAUAUCAAAAUGGCAACCAAUGAAUGAUUGAUAAGGCGACUUAUUCAACUUACAGGGUUGAACUUGGAUUAUUUUUUUAAUACCUGAUUUUUCAGACUUGUUUCAAAUCCGUUGUAUUGCUGUACUGGAUGUUUGGGUUGAUUUGAUUUAUUAAAUUACGAUAAUCUCGAUAACCGAUUUGCCAUCACCUCACCCCUCCAUACAACUCGGUGUUGUCAUGGUAACCUGUUUCAUCCUCAUUUUCCUAUCCCCCCCCCACUCUUCUCCACUGCACUUCCCAAAGCUGUGCCCAAGUCUCAACCAUCAUUUUUUAAAGUUCUUUGGCCUUGACAUGGCUUUAAAACUCUUCACCUCACAGCGAGAUCAUCAUCCCCCCUCCUCAUCGUACACGCCCACUUGUGUGCCCCCCCCUUAAGGAUCGCUCCUGAUUGGUGGAAGCAGGAAAGUAGGAUGCAGAGAAGGUGGAGUUGAGGAGAAAGCGCACAGCUGAAGUAUUUUACUUUCUUAUUUCAGUCCUCGAGAGUUAAAAUGAAAGUUUGAUUUAUUCUGUGAUAACUAAAUGCCUCAUAAAUAAAGUCUUUUAUAAGAUA